AUGGGACUGUUAACGCUGAGUCGUUGCCGUCGACGAAAUGCCGCGCAAUAUUCCUCCAGGAUUCUGGGGAGUUCUCGAAAGCAAAGAAUAACUCACCGCCAGCCAACAUGUCGAGAACCUACUUGUCUUGGGUAUUGGAACCGCCGUGGUGCUGUUCUGGAUGGUGGUAUGUACAGUAGCUACUCAACCUUUUCUGGACUGUUUUCACCUUAUACGGGUCGUCUCUCCCUCCCUCAAAAGACCCGUCAUUGGUCUGCGACUCUGCGUACCGGAGACUAGUUUUCGCCAGGAAUCCGAAGGAAUCUCUGAGAUCUAGGAUCUAAUCUAAUCAGUCAUUAAUGUAUUGAGCGUUGUUGAAGGUUGCUUGCCCUCCGCUUUCCAAAUUUCAAGCUUCACUGAUCAGAACUCUGUCUCCUCCGCUGCUUUGGACUUUUUAGACCGCUUGGAAUUCUGAACAUAUACUAGGCGAGCGUAAUUUGUACGGUUCCAGUGAACUUGGCGGUAUUCCAAUUCGCGGUCGUCAGCAGUGGUGAGUUGCACCGCUAGACAGCACAUACAAUAGCUUGUCACCUCUCCAUGCUUCAUCUGACGAUCUCAAGACUGUCAUGAAUCGUCUAUUACUUGGUCUCCUGUUAUGUCUUUCCUUUUGGUCACAUACGACUCUGGCAUCUCUGCUUGCCAUCGACUAUGGCACAGACUGGAUCAAGGCUUCGCUCAUGUCACCAGGCGUACCGUUUGACGUACUGUUGAAUCGUGAUUCGAAGAGGAAGAUUCAGUCGUCGGUUGGGUGGAAGAAGGAGGAUAGGUUGUUUGGGUCAGACGCAUUCAAUAUCGCCGGUCGAUACCCGACAGACACGUUCUCAGCAUUAAAGUACCUCCACGGGGCGCCGUUUGACUCUCCAACUGUCUCAUUCUACACCUCCCUCUCCACUGCUGACCUCGCCAAAACUUCCCGAGGCACAGUCGCCGCACGGCGUUCAGACGGGUCAGAAUGGUCUGUCGAAGAGCUCAUUGCAAUGCAACUGGGCUACGUCCGUGAUCUGGCGGAGUCUGCUGUCAAUGGUGAGAAGGUGACCGACGUCAUCCUAACGGUCCCGCCAUAUUUCACGCAACACGAACGCGACGCUGUAAUCGACGCUGUAGAAAUCGCAGGCAUGCGGACUUUGGCUUUGGUGCACGAUGGGUCAUCUGUGGCGAUUAACUACGCCAUGACGCGAACGUUCUCAGAUGUUCCUGAGCAUCAUAUCAUCUACGAUGCUGGGGCGUCCGCCAUUCGUGCCACAAUCGCCUCAUUCAGUUCUGUGGACUCGAAAAGUAAGAACGCCGGUACGUCGAUCAACAUUGCCGGAGUUGGGUUCGAGAGACAAGUGGGCGGGAACGAGCUGGACCGUCGGUUGCGCGAGAUCCUGAUCAAGGACUUUGCGCGGAAACACAAGCAGGAUGUCCGUAGUGACAAACGUGCGCUUGCAAAGUUGUGGAAAGAGGCGAAUCGAGUGAAGACGAUUUUGAGUGCGAACGCAGAUGCGGUAGCUUCGGUGGAGAGCCUGACGAACGACAUUGACUAUCGGUCAAAGGUCACGAGAGCCGAGUUCGAGAGUGCAUGCAGGGAUCUGACUGGACGUUUUGCGAAGCCUAUUUUCGACGCUCUGGCCAAUGCAGAUAUGACGUUGGAUAACAUCACGAGUGUCAUCCUGACCGGUGGAAGCUCGCGCACGCCCAUGGUCCAGGCUGCAGUCACUGCCGCUGUCGGAAAAGCUCGGAUCGCACAGAACGUUAACGCAGAUGAAGCGUCCGUUCUCGGAGCGGCUUUACACGGCGCAGGUCUCAGUCGACAGUUCAAGACCAAAGAUAUCCGUCUGACUGACAUCGGACCCUACGACAUUCAAGUGUCUUACAUAGCCGAAGCGAAAAACGAGAACUCCAAACCGAGGACGAUCAACACUUUGGUCUUCCCCGCUGGCUCGAAGGCCGGUAGCAGGAAGACGUUGACUUUCAAGCGCAAAGAUGAUUUUAACGUGAAGUUGACUUAUCGUAGUCCGCCUGUUCCUGGGUACCCAAGUGAUAUUUUGGAAGCGGAGAUCAAGGGUAUCCCAGAGGCAUUGAAGAACUUGACAGACUUGGGUGCUGUGGAUCCAGUUGUAAAGGCCACGGUCGUCCUGUCGGAAUCUGGGUUCGUGUCUGUACAAGAUCCAGUCGCGUUUGGCGAAAUCAAAGAUGACUCGCUGAGUGGUAAGCUGAAAGGCCUCUUUGGGGGAAGUGGUUCAUCGUCUGAAGAGACGACCGCAGACAAGGAAACCUUGGCAAGGUCUGAAUCUUCAUCGGUUCCUUCGUCGUCACAAGAGCCUUCUGCUACACCAGAGAAGAAACCGGCGAAGAAGGAUAACACAAUUCCUUUGGAGCUCAAGAUCAACUUGGCUUCGGUACCACCUAUGAGUGUCGCGGAGAAACGUGCUGCUCGUGACAGGCUGAUCGCCAUUGAUCGACUGGAGGCUGCGAAGCAUGCACGAGAGGAAGCGCGAAAUUCACUGGAAGGUUACUUAUAUCGCGUCCGUGAUCUGUUGGAGGAUGGUGCAUCCGACUCGCCUUUUGUCAAAUGUUCUCAGGAGAAGGAGAGACAGGCUAUGCAGAAGAAGCUGCAGGAGGGCUUCGCAUGGUUGUCUGAGCACGGUGACGAUGCUUCUACGAAGGAUUUCAUCGAGCAACGUUCUGCACUUGAGGUCAUGGAGAAGCCGAUCAUCCAUCGGUACCAAGAGAUCGAAGAGUUCCCAAAAGCACUCAAUACCAGCCAGAUGUGGAACUGGAGUACACGACUCUUCAUAACCGAAGCCAAGGCCAAUCUCACUGCUUCACAAGAUAGCGACAUUCCUCCACGUUACACCAAAGAGGAGAUCGAGAGUCUCGAGAAGACUUUGAAGGAACACGAGCGGUGGAUGAACGAGAUGGUGGAAAAGCAAAAAUCAGUCGAGAUGAAUGAAGAUCCUAUUUUGGAGAGCAGUGUGUUGAGGGAGAAGGUCAAGCCGUUGGAGACGCAAUUGCAGAAGCUGUUGAAAAAGAAGGCUCCGAGGAUACCGAAGAAGUCUGGGACGGCCAGCUCGACGACGGCUGCGAGUUCAGGUACUGGCGGGUCGAAGUCGGGCGGAGGAUCUUCGUCGCCAUCCUCAUCAUCUUCAUCAUCUUCAUCGUCACAGGGACACGACGAACUGUAGACAUUUAAUAACAUUGCAUGUAUUUAUUUCAUACCACGACCGGAUUCCUAGAUGCCCCUUUAUAAUUGUCUCAUGCAUGAUCGCCACUGGAUCUCGAGUUUCAUGAGGUAUGAAUGUUAUAUCGACAGAGUGGAGAAUGCUAUGACGUCCUAAAUGCAAAGCUCUAGACAUUAAACUACCGUACAUUAUUAUGAAGAUGCUGUUCAGUAAACAUAUCCCAAUCCA